GACACGCGGCGGCGCACCAUGGAGGCAGGGAGUAUGGAGAGUAACUUAGGGGUGUUGGGUGGUCCCACUUAUUACUCUCAAGAGUAUAUCCCUCCCCUCCGCUACCCUCUGGUUGGGUAUCCGGAAAGGAAAGGCCGAGGAGGUGGGAGCUUUGACGAUGCUGGUAAUACCAACAACACCACCGCUACCACGCCACCAUUCCUUCCUUUUUCCCAACAGAAGUACCUCUCCUACUCCUACUACUACUGGUGGUGAUAGCAGCAAUUCCAGGAGGUGGGGGUGCUCGUGCUCUGCUACUGCUACUGCUCCCAAGUCUCCUCUGCACCACCGCCUCUUCAAAUACAGCAGCAGGAACAACAACAUUCAGAUGAUGAGACUCAGACCCCCUCCUCUUCCUCGCCGUGUCCCUGGAGGCUGUUGCAGAAGAAGAAGACUAGUAUUUUCGUGUCUGGUUACCGACCCAGAUUGUUUCCAAGUGGGCCGGCUUAUUGGUACCUAUGGUUUCAUGAAUAUCACCAGUUACUCAGGCUUGCGAUCCGAAGGGAUGCUGGGCAGUGCUCCCCUCCAGCUUGAAGAUUCUGGAAUAUUUGGGUCCUUCAAAGUUCAGGAUGUCGGAGAAGGCAACUUCCAGAUCAGGCUUUAUCAAGGCAGAAUAUCUCAAGGUCCCUUUCGAGGUACUCCCGUUGUUUUCAAGGUAUAUCCUGGGCAACAAGUCGGUGGCAUUGAAGCCGAUUUGAUGGCUGCAAACGAGCUAAAUGCCCAUGCUUUCCUUCAGAGCAAUCAAAACGAUGCUUGUCAAAAUAUCCAGCUACUUGUUGGAGGAUUUGAGACAAAAACAGGGGAGCAGUGGCUGGCUUUCCGUAAUGAUGGUAUAUAUAGUGCUGCAGACUAUGCUAAAGUUUCAAGUCAGAGUAUGUCGAAAGACCCUGAUCACGGAGACAGUAGGUUUUGGAACCCUUUUGACAAAGACCUAACUCUAAGACGGAGGAGGUAUUUUGUCACUAAGUUGUUCCAGGGUACCAUGAGAGGCUUAGCAUACAUGCAUGACAAUGACAGACUACAUCAGAGUCUUGGACCUUAUUCAGUUGUUCUCAAUACAAUGGUUGAGAAAGAGGCCGCUUACCUCGUUCCGAGGCUUCGGGAUCUUGCCUUUGCAGUUGAUGUUAGGUAUCCCCAGCUAGAAAAUGAUUCUGGGACACUAUCAGAAGGACUUUGGAGACGGGCAUCAGCUGCAGGAGCUUUCACUCCUAUGGAGAAAAGGGCCUUUGGAAUAGCAGAUGACAUAUAUGAAGCCGGACUACUUUUGGCCUACCUAGCUUUCCUUCCAUUUUGUGAAGCUGGAACAAUGGAUAGCCUAUCACUGCAGAGGCUUCUGGAGAACACUUUCCAGCUUGAUCUUGAAGCUACAAGAGAAUACUGUUUAGCUGAUGAUCGAUUGCUGGAAGGUGUCAGAUAGAUAGAAUAGCCCUGGAUAUAGCUGCAUCAGCUGAACUUGGGGCAUGAAGCCGAUCUGCUGCUAUAUCGCACUGAUGAAAAGUGGCUUCGUUUAUGUGGGCGUAGGCAAUGCUCAAUCGUGACUUCCGGAAGAGGCCAACUGCAGAAGCGGUAUUGAACCAUCGAUUCUUGUCUGGCUCUAGCCUCUGAGUCCCGUCCCGUGGAGUUUAUGCAGAAAGAAUGUUGUGUACUACUGAGGAGACCAGAGUACCGAAGUUGGAAGAAGGGCAAGGAGGAGAGCGCUGAAGCCUGAGUCUCAAUUUCCUUCUUUUUUGUUUCUCAUCCUGAGGUUUUGUGUCAAAAUAUAAUAUGUCUCUAUCGGGUGAGAAAGUAAUCUAUAGCUCAUCAUUUGCAGCGACAGCUCGCAACAACUGGGAUUUACUUUUUACUACGUAGGGCUUUAGCAAAAGUGUCACAAAUUGAGGAUAAAUAUUUGUUUUAAUUUUCUUUUCAAAAA